AUGGAAUGUAUUUGCAUUUACGUCAUGUAUUUCCGUUCAGACAAAGAGCUCAUCAAUAUUUCCCCUGCUCUCGAUCAUCUCAACACUCCCGUUGUGAAAAAGAUUAGCCCAGGGCUCAGUUCAUUCCAAGAUCAUCCACAUGAAGCAGCUGAGUAUGUGAAGCCGCUUCUGGAUUAUGUUUCACAGUUUAUUCCUCUUGACAAGUUACCGUAUACACCAGUCUUUCUUCUCGCAACGGCGGGAAUGCGGCUUGUUCCGGAAAAACAACAGCAAGCCAUUCUCUACGAUCUCCACACGAAACUCCCGCAAAUGACACCGAUGCAGAUAAUGAAAGAGCACAUCCGAAUAAUUGAAGGCAGAUGGGAAGGAAUCUACAGUUGGAUAGCUAUCAAUUAUAUUUUAGGAAAUUUCAAAGGUGGCUGGAACUCCUCGCUUGUAAGACCUGAAACAGUAGGAAUGAUUGAUAUGGGUGGUGCUAGUAUGCAAAUUGCUUUCGAGAUGGAUCAAAAAGACGAGUUUAGAAGUGAAAAUGUAGAGAAU